UACGCCUUCUUGUGCCCAGUGGCUAGUGUGGCCAACCGGAUGGCUGAAGCCGGAAGCCCCGUUUUUGCCUACAUCUUCACCCAUCGUCCUGCCUUCAUAGUUGCACCCGACUGGAUUGGGGUACCCCACUGUGCCGAGCUGCCUUAUUUGUUUGUUUCCAUCCUGUCUACGCUGGAUGGCAAUGCCACCAACUCCGAUGAGGAAGAGAUUCUCAGCCAAAGGGUUAUGCAAUAUUGGGGGCAGUUUAUAAGAACUGGGUCUCCUGAUGGGGGAAGUGGCAAAGAGUGGCCUCUUUACACAGGCCAGAACUUCUUUCGCAUUGGCACAGAACAGGAUCAGACUGAAGAAACAUCACCCACCUUCUACUGUGACUUUUGGAAGUUGCUGGCUCUGGGGAAAUCUCAAUGUACGACUCAGACCCAGUGGCUUGAAGACUCUUUCACUGGGAGAAUGUCUGAAAACCAAAGAGGCUAUGAAGAGCCACCCCCUCCAUCCUUCACAGCAUGAAGCAGAGUUGAAAUAUAGUGUCUUCCUGUACUCCGUGUUAACUUUGUAGAUGGGAUUUGGCCCUCCCCCCAUAUUAACACUAAAAAAAGAGAACAUCUUUUCCCAAACCUUCUAUUCAUUUACAAUUGCUUUAAAAUACAAUAUGAGUCUACAGUUAAAAAACGCAUGGCUACAGCAAUCUAUAUGCAAAUAAA